UAGCGGAGAGAGAAACUGGCACCAAUACAAACGAGUUCAGAGACCGCGUAGCAUGAAAGUAAACCAGCCGGGGUCGAGUUUGAGCAGAUGGGCUGUCAAGCUGUUCAAACAGCCUGAAACACUCACAACACAACACAGUAAUAAAACACAGACCUCUAAUAAUAAAGUAGCCGACCGGCCACAGGUUAUAUAUUAACUAGGUUUUUAACACUGCAUCCAAUAGAACUAAUUAGUAAUAUAGCAUAUAGCUUGCAAGAACCUAAUCAACUCAAUGCAAUAUAACAUAACAUUUAUCCUUCAAAAGUGAAUUCAAAUAUAAUAACAGGUACACAAGUCAUUAUUCUGCUUGUUCGGGUUAAAGUCUUCAACAGAAUUUGAGCCUUGAAAAGUGUCGGCCUCAUGUAACACGUUACACUGAAUUGAAUCAGAAGUGAUUUUCUGGACUAUUGCAUCAGUUGUUUACUUACGCGUUUCCAUCAGGCACCAUUUGUUUGUUGCAUCAUUGCCAAUCAGCGCGAAUGGGCGACAACACGUCAUCCGAAAGAAACCCAUUCCAUGUUUCCAAACCUUUUCCCGCUUUGACUUUUACACAGCUUCACAUCGUACAGUUUUUGAUCCCCAAUGUUGUUUAUGGCCAUUUAUUUGCUCUUUAUUUGCUAAUUUAUUACUUGAUUUAACAUGGGAUGCACGAAAGCCUCAUGGCAUCCAGAGGGAGACGUUCACCAUCCACACCCGCAUCCUGAUGCUGCGAUUGGUUGAUCAGAUGGAGCAGGUUCCCUGAAGUGUUGGGUCAUAGAAAAUAUGUUUUUCAUUCUUUUUAGAUAGACAGACAGGCAGAGGUUGGGGCUUAGACAUUGUUCACGUUGGAGCAGACCUGAAAAGGACACAGGUUCCUCAAGACGGUGCUGGAAUACGCUGUCAGUCAGGAAACAUGAGCGAACAAAGCAACAUUUGAAUGCAGUCAUGUCACAGAACUCUGUAUAGGUAUAUGAAAAGGAAAGGAGCUUUCAGACAGAGUCGCUGAGGACAAAGACCGUGCAACACUAGUUAGUUAAAGGUAAGAUACUAUGAUUAUUACCUGAUGAUGCAGAUAAAGACUAAAACAUCACAUCUCUUCUACUUUUGAAUUCAAACCCAGCUUUAUUUAGGAUUUCAUUUAAACCAAAUUGUUCUUCUUUAUUGCAUCUAGCUUCUAAUACUAUUGUAUAAUCUAAUAAUGUUGUUUAGAACACUCUCUGACUCAAAACUACGGUGGUAACACAUUUGUUCUGUUUUUUUCUAAACAGCUACAUGUUUAAAUUAUUACAGACAGAACUACAGGGGUCAACCGACACCAUUCGCUGCCUCAUCAGCCGAAUGUGACGCGUUCCCCUGGCUUGUUUCUUUGUCUCGCAGACUUCUCUUCCCUCGGCUUCAUCCGCUCAUGCGCACGUCAUGGACGUCUCCCACCUCAACAGGCCGCCCAAUGCCACCAGCGGUGCGGUGACGGUGUACCAGAGCUGCGGAGACCUGAACGCUGUUCUCAUUUGGUACCUCGUCCUACAGUCCAUUAACAUGUUCCUGGGCGUCCCGGCCAACCUCAUGGUGCUGUGGCUCAUCCACAAGAACAAGGGGGACUCGUCCACCUCGGACAUCUUCAUCUUUCACCUUGCCGUGUUAGACAUACUCUUCUGCCUCAUCUUCCCCUUGGAGCUGGCCAACAUCGUCUUCCUCACCACCAGCACCGCCGGGUAUGUUCUCCGCUUCUUCUACGGCAUGAAAGACACCUCGCCGCUGCUCCUGUCCUGCAUCUGCCUGGACCGGUAUGUAGCCGUACUCCACCCCAUCACCUUCACCAGACUCAAAGAUCGGCAGCACAGGACCAUCCUGGCCCUGGUGGCCUGGCUCCUCAUUUUCGCCUACUCAGCAGCUAAGUGCGCAUUGGGAGGCGUUGUGAACUUUGACAAGAUCUUCAUAGGGAUCAUUCUGGCAGCGUUCUUCCUCAUGGUCUUUUGCAAUACUGCGAUCCUCAUCGCCCUGCGGCAGUCCCGGCAGGGCAGGGAUGCAAUGCACCCGGUGAAGAAACGGGCCUUCAAGCUCGUCCUUGUCAUACUGGUCAUCAUAGUGUUCAACUACUCCCCUCCUGUUGCGCUGUUCCCCUUCGAGGACUUCUUUUCCCCUGACGUGUUCCGCUGCUAUAUUCACAACAUCGCCUUUGGCCUGAUGAACCUGAGCAGCAGUAUUCAGCCUGUGCUCUAUCUGUCCAAGGAGAAAAUGACACGGGUGACGGACUGCUGCCAGAUCAGAGUAACGCACCCCCAACAGGAAGCUAAUGUCUCCGACAGGAUCCCGAUCCCCAGCAUCACCAGCACAACCCACAUCGAGUAAAGUGCUUGAUGGUGUUGGUUAUGCUGGUUUAGAUGUAAAUGAAGAGUAGUAGUUGGAGACCGUAAACAUAGAAUGGCUCCUCAGAA